AUGUCAAGAGUAGUUGUAAGAUUCAGCUUGAAUGGACAAUGCAUUGCAAAUAAACCACUAAAUUCACAAGACAAAUUGAAAACAGCAAGAGAGAAAAUAAAAGAAAAGAUGUCUGACUCUCAACACUUUUUAACAAAAGAUGGUGAUGUAAUUGAUGUGAACGAUGAAGAGAGUUAUACUAUAGGAGAUGUAAUUGAUGAAAAAAGAGUAAUAAAUAUUAAAGGAACAGAAGUUAAAAAAGGAAUAAGAAUAAAGAUAAAUGAUAAAGUACUUACCACACUUGAAAUAGACAAUAAAACAAAAAUAAACAUUAUUAGAACAUUGGUUCAAAAUAUUCCAGAAUCAGCACAUUUCUAUACAAUUGACAAUGACAAAAUUGAACGAGAUGAAGAAGAAGAUUAUAUAGUCCAAGAUAUAAUAAAUAAUGAAGAAAUUAAUCUUAAAGAAGAGAAAGAAAAUACGUCAGAAGAAGAGAAUGUAACUAUUAAAAUAAAUUUGAAUGGAAAAUUGUUUAUGAAAAAACAGUUAAACAAGAAUACUUCUCUUGCAAAUAUCAGAAAGAAACUUGAAAUUGUAACAUGUGUAACAAAAGGUUUUGUAUUCAAAGAUCAAGAAGGGUGUGAAAUAUCAACUGAUAAGGAAAAAUCGUUAAAAUUAUCAUAUAUUCUACAUGAUAACAUUUUUGAUAUAACAGAAAAAGAAGAAUCUGAUACUUCACCAACUAAUACUUCAGCACAUGGCACUUCACAAAAUAAUACCAUAAAUGUAUCUAAACAAAACAUUCCAAUUAAAGGAAGUAAAAGACUUCAGAAUCAUGAAGAAGGAAAAUUGAAAAUAUAUUUAUAUCCAAAUGAACCUUUUAAUCAUAAAGAUGAGAAUGAUGCGAUUGCUAUUCUAGUCGUUGGUGAAACAGGAAGUGGGAAAACUACAUUAUUAAAUAGUUUUGUAAAUGCAUUAUAUGGAAUUAAAAUAACAGAUGACUUUAGAUAUAUAAUUAUAAAUGAAGAUCAUUUAGAACAGUAUGGAAAUAUGUCUGUAAGUCAAACGAGUCAAGUUUCAAUUUAUAAUAUUAAAAGAACAAAAAGAACACCACCAAUCAAAAUAAUAGAUACACCAGGAUUUGGAGAUACAAGAGGAAUUGCAUGGGAUAAAGAAAUUACUAAACAAAUAAAAAAAGCAUUUGAAACGAAAGUAUUUGAUUUAAAUGCUAUUUGUUUUGUUGCAUCAUCAAGUAAUGUAAAAUUAACAGCUAGUCAAAAAUAUAUAUUUGGGAAUAUUGUUGAUUUAUUUGGAAAAGAUGUUAAAAAGAAUUUUAUUGCAAUGCUUACAUUCUGUGAUGGUAAAAAACCACAAGUUAUAAAUGCAUUACAAUCAAAAGAAUGUAUUUUCAGUACAAUUAUUCCAGAAAUAGAUAAUCCGUGGUAUUUAAAAUUUAAUAAUUCAGCUAUUUAUGAUGAUAAUACAGAAGAUGAAUUUACACAAAUGUUUUGGAAAUUAGGUAUGAAGAAUUUUGAUGACUUUAUUUCAAAGUUAGUAAAACUACCAAGAAUUUCAUUAAAACAAUCAAGAGAAGUGUUGAAGAGAAGAGAAUGUAUUAAAACUCAAAUUGAAGGAUUAAGGAUAUCAUUAAACAAUGGUUUAUUGAAAUUGGAUGAAAUAAAACAGUAUUGCGAACAAUUCUAUUUGAAUCGAGAUAAAGUUAAAAAUAAUGAAGAUUUUACUAUUACUGUAGAUAUAACAAAACAAAUUAAGAUUGACUUAGAACCAGGAGAAUAUGUAACUAACUGUUUUUAUUGCCAUAAAACAUGUCAUUAUCGAUGUUAUAUUCCAGGAGAUAUGAAAAGAGAAUGUUAUUGCAUUGAUAAUGAUUAUUGUAAUGUAUGUAAAUGUCAUUAUAAACACCAUGCAAGUUCACCAUAUAGAUUUGAUUAUGUAAUAGUGAAAGAAAAACAAACGGCACAAGAAAUACUUGAAAGAUAUAAUGAAGGUAAAAAAGGUAUGGCUAAUGCAGAAAGUAUGUUAAAAAAGUUAGAAGAAGAGUAUUAUAAUAUUCAAAUGGAUUGUUAUGAUAAAGAAAUUGAAAUUAUCGAAUGCGUUAAUAAAUUGUCCGAAAUUGCAUUAAAUGAUAAAAUUACUAGUUCGAAUGAAUAUUUAGACAUAUUAAUUCAAACAGAAAAUGAAGAAAAGAAAACAGGAUAUAAAGUACGAAUUGAAGGAUAUAAACAACUUAAACAAGCAAAUGAAAUAAUAGAAGAUAUUAUGAAAAAAUCAACAACAAAAAAGAGUAAAGAAGAAAUUAAGGCGGAGUAUGAAGUUAAAAGGAAAGAAUUAAAAGAAGGAGAAAAAACAACAAUGGAUAAACUCAUUGAAAAAAUGAGAAGUUUAUUUUCCUGGUAA